AUGUUUAUAUCCAAGAAAACAAUUGUUCUAUCAUUGGCUCUUGUAGCUGUUAUGUGUAUUGUCAUGAGCACAACUGAAGCCACAACCAUAAGCAAUGGAGCUAUGAAAGGAGAUGAAAAGGGUUGUACCGCGGGAAAUUGUAAGGAAGGUGAGGCUAACCCAUAUAAAAGGGGUUGUGAACCUGGUCUAAGAUGUCGUGGGGGUAUUUAG